AUGGUAUACCAGGCUGCUCGAGGAGGUUCCGAUGCUACAGCAAUCCUGGUUGGACAGGCUUUUAACAUCGCCAGCCGUGCAGGGAUAGUUAUUCCCUGGUAUGAAUAUGACAAUCGGAGGCCCGAGAUACAGUUCUUCCUGGACCAGCAGAUUCCUGUUUUCUUUCCGUGGUGUGCCAUCGCAGAACAGGCCAUCAUAAACAACCCCACCCUUCGCUAUCUUGAGCCUCCUGCAAACCUUGUUCGGGAUGCCCUUGAGAAGUUUCUGAACCGAUUCCCCAGUGUUCCUCUCGCUGGCCUAAUCCUUAGGUCCUACUUUCGAUUUCAUGAUUGCCCGCUGCACUCCACCAAACAUAUAUUGAGAAUGAAACACAGUACGUCGUUGGUCACGAAAUAUAUGUAUGAAAAAUUUGCCUCGCAAACCGACAAGGUCAAGGCGGCUAUGGAGGAGAACCAGGUGGAGGCCACGGUUGCAGAAUUGAGGGAGAUAGUAAGCCGAGCCAUGGACAUGGACCUCGCAGAGGCCGAGCGAGCCAUAGCAAAUCUCCCCACUCACGAUUGGAUGGACAAAGGUGACUACCACCGGAGAGGAGAGUUGUACGACCACGUCUCGAUAUUCUUGGAGAAACGCGAGAGAAACCAGCGCUUUAUCAUUGCGACUGAGACCGAGGACGCAAAGAUCAAAAGGCUUCAAAGAGAGGAGGCCCUCCCGGGGUACAACACAUCGGUCUAUAGGUGGAAAAGUGUCACGACGCCGGGGGGGAAGGAAUUAUACAUGCGAGUUCGCCUCCUUCGAUCAAAGCACGAGAGACUGUUCGCAAAGGUGCCUCCCUCUCAACGAACAUACAAUGCAGUCUCAAACGAGUGGGACAUUUUUGAUGAAGUGGAUUUGCCACGAAAAUAUCUGCAAUUUGUGGACCCCCCUCCUAGGAAGGACGGUUAUAUCUACGACUAUCCUAUCCAAGCCGCCCGCAUCAAUCCCCAGUCCAUCAUCCCCGACAACGAUGUACCCCGUGUGGAAUCCGUUCCCGUCAUCCCAGAACCCUGUGUAGACUCUUCCUCGGGUGGUGCGACUUCCCCUCAUGAACCUCAGUACGAAACAUUCCCCAUGGACACGGAGGAAUUUUAG